AUGGCGAUAACGGUUGGGUUGGCCGGUAUCACCGGCAAAUUUGGUACCCUGCUCGCUACCCAUCUCCUCAAGAACCCCAACGUCUCUCUUCGCGGCUAUGCCCGAGACACCAGCAAAGUCAGGCCGUCUAUUGUCUCUUCGCCUGCAGUUCAACUCUACCAGGGCGAUGCCUACAACGAAACACAGAUAAAGUCCUUUGUCGAUGGUUGCGAUGUUGUCAUCUGCGCCUACCUGGGCGACGACAAGCUCAUGAUAGAGGGCCAGAAACUGCUCAUCGAUGCUUGCGAGGGUGCUGGUGUCCCGCGUUACAUUGCCGGUGACUGGUGCCUCGACUACACCAAGCUCCAACUAGGUGAACUAUUCCCAAAGGACCCGAUGAAACACGUCAAGGCUUAUCUGGAGACCAAGAAGACGGUCAAGGGUGUCCACAUCUUGGUUGGAGGGUUCGUGGACGUCGUCCUUCGCCCUUUGUUCCUAUGGGAUGGAAAGACCCAGACGAUUCGGUAUUGGGGUGAUGGCUCAGAAGUGUGGGAAUUCACUUCGUACGAAAACGCGGCCGAAUACACUGCUGCUGUGGCUGCGGACCAGGAGGCUGUGGGUGUGGUGAGGCUUCUUGGCGACAGAAAGACUAUCAAGGAAAUUGCCUCCUCUUUCGAAAAGGUGUACGGUAUAAGCCCCAAGCUGGAGUGUCUUGGCUCUCAAGAGCAGCUCAAGAACCGAAUGGAGACGCUGCGAACACAAGACCCGCAAGACGUGUUCAAAUACAUAUUCUGGUAUUUCACGUAUUACACGAUCAACGGCUCUGCACUUGUCGGCCCCGAGGUGGAUAAUGCUCGUUACCCGCAGAUCAAGCCGGAAACCUUGGAAGGCUAUCUCAGAAAGCGACCCGUGGAACAAUUGGGAUCAGCCUUCGCUAGUCUUUCGUAA